AUGUUAAGUGUAACCAGAUCAGCCCCAAAUUUCAGCGUGCGAUCCAUUGGAUCCUAUAGCUCCAAGAGCCAUUUCGAGGCUAAUCCCAGUCAGCAGGAAAACCAGUUUUCGGACAGGGAACGCUUUGUGGAGGUGGCCACCAGCAUCAACCAUUUUCCAACGAGGCGGAAACCGUCUACCUGCAUUUUCCGCAUCUACGUCUGCCUGCUGUUGGUUGGCCAGGUGAUCCUGGCCUCGCUGCAGUGGCUCGGAUCCACGUACCGCUGGAGACCCGAGCUGAGUGCGGCCAACCGCGGCCUGUCCGUUCUGCUGCUUCUGCUCUCGUGGAUCAACAUGACGCUGGCCUUCAUGGGCUUUCGCCGGCUGCAGUUCACCUUCCCACUCAAUUGGAUUGCCUUCGGAUGCAUCUUCGAGAGCCUCACGCUGCUGGUGGUGUGUCUGCACAUCCUGGAACAGGAUCUAACCUGGCCAUUUGUGCUGAUUGGCAUGGGCGUGCUGGUUGUCUAUACGCUGCUGGGGCUGUGGGUUCCUGGCUGCCUCACCGCCGAACUGUGGAUCCUAGUCCUGGCGAGCUUAGUGGUCUUCCUGGUCUCGAUAGUGGCUCUGGGCGUCCGCCUGGAGAUGCGAUACUAUGUGCCCGCCAGCGUCUGUUUGGUGUUCUUCGGACCCUGGGCCAUGUACAACUCGCAGAAACUCUUCCUGCGUCAUAAGCGGUCUGGUUACGUUGCUCACCAGUACUUGGAGGCGUCCGCCAGGAUGUUCAUCAACUACGCCUGCACUGUGAGUGGCAUUAUAUUUGCCCACCGCUUCUCAGUGGACACAUUGGAUGCUCACAGAUAGGAUAUGGUGAUUCCUUGGUUGGAAUUGAUGUUGUUUUGGUAAUUAGAUAAUUUUUGUAUUUCUUUCUUAGUGCUCUGCACAGUUAAAUUAGGUGUUGCGAAAUUUUUUACAUUGUGUACUGGAGAAAAAUGUCAACCAUAGAACAAAAGCAUGUAUAAGAAAUAAACUCUUCAUACUCGUUUUCAA